AUGAUCAAAAACAAAUUACGUAGAUUAAUUAUCUCUUCGACAAGCAACAGUACUACGGCCUCUUCAGAACUUAUGUCCAUGCUCAAGCUGGUCCCCGUUCCGCCCCACCGCUACACCCCGCUCAAGAAAGCCUGGCUCGAGAUCUACACCCCGAUCUACGAGGAGAUGAAGAUUGACAUACGCAUGAACCUCAAGGCCCGCCGGGUCGAGCUGAAAACCCGGCGAGACACCCCUGACGUCAGCAACCUUCAGAAAUGCGCUGACUUUGUCCACGCCUUCAUGCUAGGGUUCGACGUGAUUGACGCCGUGGCCCUUCUCAGGAUGGACGAGCUGUACGUGGAGUCCUUUGAGAUCAAGGACGUUAAGACUCUGAGAGGAGAGCAUUUAUCCCGGGCAAUCGGGAGGUUGAGUGGAAAAGGGGGAAAGACGAAAUUCGCAAUCGAGAACGCCACCAGGACAAGGAUCGUGAUUGCGGACACGAAGAUCCAUAUGCUGGGGUCGUUUGCGAAUAUUAAGGUCGCGAGGGACUCGCUCUGUAGCUUGAUCUUGGGCUCACCUGCUGCGAAAGUGUACUCGAAGCUGAGAGCGUGCCUAAACACACUUGGAGCUCUAGUGUUACUACUAUUUCUGAUUUCCUGUGCGGUGAAGGUCAUGAGCUUUUGUCAUGAGCAACAAACUGCCUCCUUCCACCAAUUUUACCAUAUUCCAAGCAUCGAGAAGUUUGACGUGAAGACGAUCGGCAUCACGAUCCCGGCGACUUCCGACCUCGAUAGGUACUUCCUUGUGUGCCCUCUUGAUUCCCCACACUGA